AUGGGUUGGAAUAAGUUAAGUUGGGUUGGGUUGUGGGUUUGUUUGAUGGUAGUGGUGGGAUAUGAGAGUGUUGAGGGUAGGAAGGUAGAGGCGGAGAAGAAGAAGCCAGAAUGGUUUUUUGAUGGUAACCCCAGUUGGAGAAUUGGCGGAGGUGGUUUUAGAGGGGGGAACAGCUUUGGUUUUGGACAUUCCUUUAGCUUCGGCAAGGGUGUAGGCUUCACCUUUGGUUUUGGACGUCCUGGUUAUGUUCAGAAUGGUGGUGGUGGUGGUGGUGGAAUUGGUGCCUUUGGAAAGCAUUAUAAGGAAAAUGAUAAAGGACACUACUAUGGUGGGGGAGGAGGAGGAGGUGGUGGUGGAGGCGGGAUAGGAGGAGGUUUUGGGAGCUGUGCUGGUUUCGGUGGAGGAGGAUUUGGCGGCGGCGGCGGCGGCCGAGCAGGAAAUGUAGGCAGCCAGGGCAACCGUGUAGAAGAGAAGAAAACAUGA